AUGAUACGUAAACCUAGAAUAAUUGGAGUGGAACCCCUAAAAUCCAUCACAGAUGGAACUGAAGAUGAACUACAUGAAAAAAAACGUUCUUUAAAUUUAGGAGCCAGUGUAGUAUAUCAAACUAAUGAAUUGUUAAAAGAUACAAAUCUUCAUGGAGUUGCUCAUAUUACAGAUAAGAGUGUCAUUUUAAAAUACAGAGUUUUUUGGUUUUUGAUAGUAUUUUCCUUCAUAAUUAUAUGCAUUGUGACCAUAAGCGACUUACUGGAAAAGUUUUUCGAUAAUCCUACAAUAACAGCCCUAGAUACAGACUCUGAAGUACCAAAAUCAGAAUUUCCGGCAGUGUUUUUGUGUCAUGGUCACUUUUCAGAUGAAGGAAAAAUACAAGAUUUUUUAAAUGACGGAACAAUUGGAACACAAGAGUUGAUGCUAGAAGUAGAAUUAACAUUACCGAACAAAAUAAAAAAUAAGCUUUUCGUUCUAUCACCUGAUGGAUAUUUUAGCAUUGAUUUUUACACGGUUAUGGACUGGCAAAUCAAAUCAAAUUCUCAGUUAGAAAUAACCGUUCAAAUGAAGAGUAUUUAUGCUUCUGAUGAUUUUAAACAACUAUCAUUAAGUCAACGAAAAUGUAUUCUGAAAGAAGACAACUUUAAAAUGGGAACACGGAAUGAACAAUAUUCUUAUAGUUUAUGCAUGCGAGAAUGUAGAGCCCAACGUGCGUUGAAAAUUUGCAAAUGCAUUCCACAUUUUUCAAUACUUCGAACUGAAAAAGAUCCUCGUCAAUGCAGUAUUAGUCAAUUAUUUUGUAUUGCAAAUAGAAGUUUUGAUAUAAUUAAUCCGAAGAAAUGCCCAUGCCUAACUCCCUGUGACGAAAAAAUCUAUGAAAUAACUGGAUAUAAAUAUCACAAAGGUGAUUUUCCUCCCAAUUCGGUAAAGGUAACAAUGCAGGAGCCACUUGGGAUCCAGUACGUGCGAGAGGUUACGUUUGGCUGGGCAGAUCUUUUAGUGUCUACAGGAGGUAUAGCAGGAUUUUUCAUCGGUUUCAGUCUUAUAUCUCUAAUAGAAUUUAUCUAUUAUUACACAAUUCGACUCUGUUGCAUGACAUACACCAACAAGGAAGAACUUGGUGAAUUUGCAAAAAAGCUUUCAAUGCCUGAUUCAAAAAAAUAUGAUCUUCGCCUGUUAAAAAAAUAG